GGGCCGAGGUAUCGGCCAUGCCCCAAUCCGAGUUGUCCAUUCUUGUAUUGCGAAGAAUGUUGGAGGGACGUAGGGAGGAUUUGCUACGCUUGCGCAGAUUUCUCUGACACGGAGACGGAAGAAUACGACACUCAACGCAGUGAUUUCUAGAUUUGCAUAUAAUGGAUUUGUUUGAUUGAUCAUAAAAGUGGAUACUAGUUGUUUUAUAACACGAUAUUAAUUGUUAUUCACACUUGAAGUUAUUCACAUCUUCAAGGAUAUAGUAUAUGUGUAUUGUUGAGUAUAUUAAUUUAAGUUUCUUGAAAAAAAUGAUAGAGAUAAAGCAAAGAAAGUUGGAGAUGGAGUAUAUACGUCGAUGCAGUGAUUUUUUUUAAUUGAACGUCAGAUAUACAUUAAGUUGAGUACAAUUCUGGAAGAUGGAAAAGAAAAAUGAUUCUUGAGAAUGAGAAAUAUGAAAAAUGAAAAGAUGCUACGAUUCGAUUUAUACUUAAAUAAAUUUGAAUACAAAGAAAAUCUUAUCGAUAAAUUUAUAUAAAUCUCGAUUAUCAACAAUACGUAUUAUAUUAAAAAUACAUUUUUUUCUCUCAAGGCUCUAACGAUACUAAUCAAGAAUCUAUUCACUGGUUAUUCUUAGAUAAAUUACAUAUCAUUGGAAAUAGCAAGGUCAUCUCUACUAUUGGUCAUUCUACUCAUAAAUCUCGCAACAUCGUAGCAACAAGAAAUCUCAGAUUCCAUGAAAAAGAAACGAGAAUUUAAAACGUACAUUUUACCAUAUUGAAUUUACGCUGCAUCCUGGGAUGGAAUACAAAAUGUCUCGAAGUAGAAUCAUUUCUGGUUUAACAAUACAAUGACUUUGUCGAUUCCUGGCAGUUAUGCGCCUCUUUAUUAAAUUUCCAUGAAAUCAACGUUGCAUCAAGAUAACGUUAGCUCAAGUAUAACGAACGAUUUACAUCCAUUUCACGUAAUUGAAGGAAAGAUUGCGAUUAUACGAUGAAUACACGAGGACACGAGAUUUCACAAAUUGGUUAAAUUCUGUUCACAUAUGUACGAUAAAAAUAAUGCAUCUCCUCCUUGGAAGAAGGAUACUGAAUUUAAUCAUCGUUUCUAUCCAUAUUCUAUCACUCUCUCUAUGUUUCAUAAUUUUUAAUAAUUUAAUGCAACCAUUAUUAUUUCGUCUGAUAUUACUAUUUUAAUAUUAUGACAUUACAAAAAUUUAUAAAACAUUCAAAAGUAUAAUAAAUGGAUUAUUAUAAUCCGUUCCAAGUUCAAGUCAAAUCCUAUAUUUACGUAAAUGAAUCGGUUGAUUCAUCAAAACUCGGCGUUCAAGAGGAAAUGAUCCUUUCGUGCGCAUUUUUCCUAACGAAUUACGCGGCAGAUACAAUUUCCUUUGAAUGGUAUGAUAAGUAAUUCGUGCAACUAACGAGCCGUGCAACGAAAUAUACGUAUAUAUAAGAUCUCCACGCUAACGAGCUCAACGUUCAGUAAUCGAAAAAGUCAACAACGGUGAAUCUCUCUCCCCAAGAUGAAGACUAUACUGAUGGCUCUCGUGGCUGUUUGCUUCCUGCUCGGUGAAGUAUUCUCAGAAGACAAAUACACGACGAAGUACGACAACGUCGACAUCGAUGUUGUCCUCAACACCGAGAGACUUUUGAACGGGUACGUGAACUGUUUGCUGGAGCAAGGCCCGUGCACCCCCGACGCUGCUGAACUUAAGAAAAAUUUGCCCGAUGCUUUGGAGAACGAGUGUUCACCUUGCAGUGAAAAACAGAAAGAAAUUGCCGACAAAGUUGUGCAAUUCUUGAUCGAUAAUAAACCAGAAAUAUGGGUUGUUCUCGAAGCAAAAUAUGAUCCAACAGGAGCCUACAGGCAACAUUAUCUUCAGAAUCGAGUUAAAGAAGAAUCUGAUUAAAUUGACCUCGUAAUUCAAUGGUAUUUUCUCUUAAUUUUUACUAAUAAUUAGAUUGUUGCGUACGAAAUAAUCAAUUUUAUCUAAGUAAGUCCAUUCCAAAAAUGAUUAAAUUUAAAGUUUAUAGCUAGCUGAAUACAAUCUUCGAUAUAAUUUUACUAAUAUAUUUUGUAAUAUAACUAUAUUCCAAUAUCGAAUUCGAAUAACUGUAUAAGGAAUUGAUAAAUAUGUAAAAAAUUAUUGAUAACAUUAAAAGGAUUUUCCAAGGAAAAGAUUGCAUGAAAGGAACAAA